UCUCUCUCUCUACUUGCACUCCAACAAGUCCAAAGAUAUAUAUAUACAUAUAUAUAUAUAAGAAAAGCUUUGUAUAUUGUGAGGAGAUGUUGAGCCAAGCAAGAGUGGGAUUAUUAUGGGAGGAGCUCUUGAUCAUCAUGGGCCUACUUGGGGUGCAAUGUGUCUUUGGGGUGUACAUGGUGUUCUUGAACCAAAUCCUCGCCCUCGGCGUCGACCCCUUGUUCAUCAUCGCCUUCGGGGGCCUCGCUUCCGCUGUCACCCUCCUCCCCCUCGCCGCCGUCUUCGAGAAGAAGAAAUGGCCUGCAAAGUUGAGCCCAACUCUGAUGGCUAAGUUUGUGAUGUUGGCUUUAGGAGGGGUUACCAUGUUUCAAGCUCUUAUGUUGUUUGGGGUCGAGAAGACGUCGCCAGCGAUCGCCUCCGCCAUGCCCAAUCUUGCUCCUGGCUUCAUCUUCAUCAUUGCAGCUUGCCUCAGGUUAGAGAAGUUUGAGAAGACGUGCAGGUACAGCAGAGCCAAGAUUGUAGGGACCAUGGUGUGCUUGGGUGGGGCCAUAGCUAUGAGCUUCCUCCAAAGCCCUAACACUCACACCUCCCCUGAGGCUACUUCUCUUUUGCAUGAGCACUUGGAGAAUGAGAAUAGCAGCUACAGUGACUGGAUGUUAGGUUGCUUCUACCUUCUUGCAGCAGUAGUUGUCUUAUCUUGCAACACUGUUUUGCAGGCGGCAACAUUGGUCGACUUCCCUGCGCCGUUAUCUUUGUGUGUCAUAACCUCAAUCAUGGGCUCCUUUUUCACUGCAAUUCUUCAAUUCAUCAUCAACGGCAAAUUAUUCAUCGGUUCGACCGAUAUCAGCAUAAUACACAGCAUCGAAUUUGUCAUCGUGGGCGGGACAGUGAUCGGAGGAUGCGUUGCAUUUCAAACAUGGGGUGUUGGUAAGAAGGGGCCAGUGCUUGUCUCUAUUUUCAGCCCUGUCCAAACCGUCUGCUCUGCAGUCGUCUCGGCUCUUCUCCUCAAACAAGUGAUUAGCCUAGGAAGCAUUCUCGGAAUUGUUUUAAUGUUUUCUGGCCUUUACAUCGUCUUGUGGGCGAAGAACAAGGAAAGCUUCGGCACACUUGAAGACGACGAUUUCUCGACGCAGUCCACUGAAGACAUCGAGAAGCCUCUCCUGUCUUAGUAUUUUGCUAUAGUUAGUUAUUAACUUAUUAUUAUGUAAAUUAAAGAAUCUAUAGCCUGUUUGUAAACAACAAACACAAGAAUUCCAAGGAAUUAAAUUUCUAGUUCCUUUUUUCGAA